AUGGAAAACUUCCACGACUUGAUCAGGAGCCAGGCGCUCCUCUCCUCAGCGUGCGCUAAACAAACAGCAACACCUUCCAGCGCGUCCAGCGCUCCAGAGAAGCGCGCCAUCAAACUCGACACACCGGAGCCAAACCGUUCUCUUGCGUUUUCUGUUCUCGAGACUUCUCACGGAAGUACGAUAUUUGUGCCUUGUCCGUUCCUCGAAAUCGUCCCACUGAUGCCGGAGGCAGAGAUCGAUUACAAACCCAUUAUAGCCACUGUCAACGGCGAGGAGACCGAGAUGUCCCCAGCUCGAUUCCCAAAGGCCGAAGACCGCAUGCCUUGCAUUUCGUCCAAGAUUCGCUGCGACGGAGGCAGUCCUUGUGCGCCGUGCAAGAAGAAACAAGUUGCCUGCCGUCAAAAGCACUCCCUUCGCGAAAGUUCAAUUGCCGAAGAAUUAGGCCCGUUAGGCGACCGCGUAUCCAUUCAAGCGCUUCUGAACGGUGGUACCGACACCUUCACAGAAACGUUUAAUCUUCCCCCUUGCGAUGAUCGACAAAGAGGACUGCAGUUUCAUCAACAACACGAAGAAGGAGAGGAUGAAGAGACCGAUACCGUGGCCCCAAAAUCAGAGGUUGAAAGUCCAGCUACUUUUGACUUCUCCGGGAUGUUCCAAAUACCUAUGGGGUUUGACGAUCAGUACCUCGACUUUUGGACAGGGCCUUUCGGACUGACCCAGUCACCUUCCUAUACUGAUUUGCAGCUGGAAGUUUACGAUCCGUCCAUUAUAUCCCCAGAGGCUCAGAUUAGCUCCACACCUUCUAGCUCGACGCAGCAACCUUCGGAUCAGGCGCAAUAUGUUUCAGCACUGAAUAUGGCAAUUUAUAACAAACUAUGGUGCCUGGCCCUGGAUGAAAAAUCUCGCCAGGAAUUGACUGCAUGCCUGAAUUUCUUACUAACCUCAGAGAAAAUCCGCAAGUUCAUCUCCCUUUACUUUCGUAAUUGGCACCUGAACUGUCCCAUCAUACAUCGACCGUCAUUCGACCCCGGCAAAGUCCCAGUCGGUUUAGUUAUCAGUGUGGUCUUUAUUGGCGCCAUGUACUCGAAAGAUCAGACAGAAAGGCUAGCUGCGAAGAGACUGGUCGAUGUUGCGGAAUUGGUGGUUUUCGACUCGGAAAUUUUCUCCUUCGAAGCUGAAGUCACUCGAUCCAUACAAAGCGACUACCUACAAGCGCCUUCAGACACUCUUCAGCAGGACCAUGACUGGGAGGUUUUUCAAGAGCUUCAGGCUGGCUACUUGAUGGUUGUUGCCCAGUAUUGGGGCGGAUCCCGAGGGUCCAAACGAAGGGCAAUGCAAUCUCGGCUCGGAGAUGUCAUUAAUGUCGCUCGAAGCAUGCAGUUACAUCAUGCUCGUCAUCGGCCGUCUGAUCGCAUUUCGGAAGUCGCUUGGCUACAAAAAGAGACAAAGAUCCGCACCAUCUCCGUCAUUGCAUUGCUGGAUUGCGCCAUGAGAAUCUACUCAAACUAUCCAUGCCGCAUAACCCUUGGCGAACUCGAUAAUGAUCUUCCCUGUAAAGAGGCCAUCUUCAGCUCACGACACCCUUUCAUGCAGGACGACUCGAUCUUUGCACCACGAUUGACCAUGUCUCAAGCCUUCGCUCUUCUGUUUGACGGAAAAGCAAGGACUUCUGAUUCAGCAAAAGAGUCGAUGCUAGUUGCAGACGAAUCUGAAAACGGAACGACCUUGGAAGAGACAGAAGGCAAUUGCAAUCUCACCAUCUUUGACCUGUUCAUUCUCAUCCAUUUUUUGUACACAUACGUACAUUCCUGUGUAAUGACCAUGUCACUUAACCUACCCACGACCAAUUUUGGUCGCCGGAUCAAUGGGGCAAAGACUUCCAAUUUCGCCGUUAGCUCCAUGGGUCAAGAUAUCAAAGGCGCUUUGGACAGAUGGCGCCGACUGUGGGAAGUUCUUUGCUCACAAACGUCAGAUAAAUCCCUGAAAGCUGAAGGCAUGUACCGCAAUGCUCUUCACUUCUGGAUCGUCCUUCAAUCUAUCAUGGCCAAAGAGGAGGCAGUCGAUGUUAUCACCAGCAUGGAGGUCAACUGCGAUGACGCAUUGACAAAGCUCAAGGUCCUCUUUCAGGACUAA